GGGCUGGGCGCAGGAGGAUCCUUGAUUGUAUACUGUCGUGUCCUUCUUUCUCCACUGGCUGUAGUAGAAAAGGAGAAGGCUGCACGCCUCGGCCUUCCCGUCCCUUGCUGCUGCCCUCGCUUCGGACGAAGGGGACGAUGCUAAAAGCCGUGAUCCUCAUCGGAGGCCCCCAGAAAGGGACCCGCUUCCGACCCUUAUCCUUCGAGGUGCCCAAGCCCUUAUUCCCUGUGGCAGGAGUGCCCAUGAUACAGCACCAUAUUGAGGCAUGCACUAAGGUGCCCAAUUUGAAGGAGGUUCUCUUGAUCGGCUUCUAUCAACCCAAUGAUGCCCUCAGCCGCUUCUUGGUGUUAGCCCAGCAAGAGUUUAAAAUCCCCAUCAGGUACCUGCAAGAAUAUGCCGCGCUUGGCACAGGUGGUGGCAUCUACCACUUCCGGGACCAGAUCCUGUCGGGUAACCCGGAAGCUUUCUUCGUGCUAAAUGCCGAUGUCUGCUCGGAAUUCCCUCUCAAUGAGAUGCUCAGCUCCCACAGGCAGCGUGGGGAUCCUGACAGUUUUCUCAUGCUCAGCACCACGGCCAACAGGACGCAAUCUCUGAACUAUGGCUGUAUUGUGGCGAAUGCUGACACACACGAGGUGCUGCACUACGUGGAGAAGCCCAGCACUUUUGUUAGCGAGCUCAUCAACUGCGGCAUCUACUUGUUCACGCCGGCCAUCUUCUAUCACAUCGGGUUGGUCUUCCAGCGCAACCAGCAGGAGCUGCUUCUGGGUUCAUGCAUUGGAGAGGAAAACACCAAUGGCUGGCAGCGAGCUGAAGCCAUCCGACUGGAGCAGGACGUGUUCACGGGACUGGCUGGGCAGGGGCGCCUCUUUGCCUACAAGACAGACGGGUUCUGGAGCCAGAUCAAGUCUGCUGGGUCUGCCAUCUAUGCCAAUCGCCUCUAUCUAAGCUGCUACAAUCAGUGCCACCCAGAGAGACUUGUCCAGAAUAAGCCUGGUGGACCCACCAUCCGAGGAAAUGUCUACAUCCAUCCCACAGCUGUGGUGGAUGCCAGUGCUGUGCUAGGUCCCAGCGUCUCAAUCGGGAAGGGAGUGACAAUUGGAGCUGGAGUGCGCGUGCGGGAAUCCAUCAUUCUGCAUGGAGCUUCUCUCCAGGACCAUACCUGUGUGCUGAACAGCAUUGUGGGCUGGGAUAGCACCAUUGGAAGAUGGGCUCGUGUGGAGGGCACCCCCAGCGACCCCAACCCUAACGAUCCCUAUGCAAAGAUCGACAGUGAGACGCUCUUUCGGGACGGCCGCCUCACCCCCUCCAUCACCAUUCUGGGCUGCAAUGUGACCAUCCCUCCCGAAGUGGUCAUCUUGAACUCCAUCGUCCUGUCCCACAAGGAACUCAGCCGCAGCUUCAAGAACCAAAUCAUUCUCUAAUGGGGCAGGAGGCAACCUCCCCCUCUUCCUCAGGCCUGAUGCCAGAGAAAGGGCCACCGUAAUGCACUAUUGGACCCACUCUCAAGCCGCACCCUGCCGUUGGGCCUCCUGCUCUGGCAUCGGUUCAGAUUCCCCUCCAGGUCUGUCUGUGGAAGGGGGCCAUGAGCUUCUCUUUCUGGCUUCAGGGGUUUGAAGCAGCUCACCUGCUCGCUGCCCUCCAGUGGGAGGAGCCGGCCUCACCCUGAUGCCCUGGUAGUACCUCGCUGCUGAGGAAGGAGGUUAGUGAGGAAAGGCUGCGGAAGCACCAAAGCUGUUGCCUUCUCUUGGUGCCCAGGCUGUGGAGAGAACCUGGGGUGCAGCUACCUGCUCCCUUGGAUCUUGGAGGUCACCAUUCAACACACCCAGUUCCCCCACCCCAAAGCACCUCUCCUGAUUUCCCGCCGAGAGGAUGGAUGCAGGUAGAGUGGGGGAGGCAGUGCAAGGUCAGAGCAGGGGCUGCAGUCCAUGUAGCAGAAAGGUGGGCAAAGAACCACUGCUUCUUCCUCUUGCACCUGUGUAUAAGGCACUGAACAGGCACCGUGGGAGUCUGCUGCAUAAAUGUGAUCUCUCAUCUGUAUGCCAAGCAGCCUCGGUUCCUUUGUAGUGUCAAGAGCCUGCUUUCCAACCUCUCAGAUGGCGGCGAGGAGGAGGGUACACCGAAUCUGCUGCUGCACCGCGUACCCUCUGCAGCAAGCUGAAGUGGUGGUUUCUUUUAAGGCUCCAAGACGAACACACCCGUAGUCAGUGCUAGUGAGGGUCCGGCUGCAGCUGGAUGUAACAAGCGUGCAUUGAGGCAAGUCCUUGAAUGGGUGGGCUUUUCCGUUUAUGGCAGUAUUGGAGGACAGCAUGGGGCCCUUCAGGUGUUGUUGGACUGCAGAUACCUUCAGCAUGCGCUAUUGGCUAUGUUGGCUAGGGCUGAUGGGAGUUGUGGUCCAACAUCUGGAGGAUCCGUUCCCUGCCCCUGAUUUAACGGGAAUAGCUUUUCACAGGGGUUGCAACAGGAGCCUGUAUUGGGGUGAGAGGGAGAGGAGACUCAGUAUGCAUGAAUUUCCCAGAUUCGGGCUGAAUUGCACCAAUGCAGGACGAGGAAAGUUCUUCAGCCAUCAUAUUUACAUUAGUAGGCCUAUGCUCAAAAGGACAAGGGGUUAUUAGACUGAUAAAAAUGCCCUGAUCUGAUUAUCUGUAGUAUGGAUUAGUUAAAAUGGUACAAACCAACAUGUAAUCUUGUUAUGAGAACAAGGAAAAGAUUUUAACUGCUUCAUGCAAUGGAACUGCAGGACCUGUGUCUGCUAAGCCACCCCCGAAGGAGUCCAAACUCCUUUUCCUGACACGUUAGUGUUGCAGAGGUAGUAAAGUUACUGCCCCAUGUAAACUACUUUGUGGACAUGUUCAAAAGCAAUAUAGAAAUAUUUUAAAUAAGUACUGGCAGAUGGUAUAGCUUUUAAAGGAAGUUAAUGAGCAAUUCCCCUAAGAGAUGAAGGAAUGUUUGAGGUCUGCUGUGUCUUCCCACUUGCAUGCUCAGUAAUGGGGAUACUCUGAUGAACCAGGAGCAACACUGGAGAAGAUGGUUGAUGAAGACCUGGAAGGGACAGGAAAGGUCCUGUAGUCUCACUCCCUGGCAUUGAAGGAAGUCUACUGCUACACUUGAUGGGUGGUCGUUCAGCCUCUGCAUGACAGCCCAAACAAAGACCACACCUCUUUCUGGGCAACUGAAAGUGCUUCAUCCUGUUAAACUGAAAUCCUUUUUCUUGAAAUCUGAGCCUGUGGGCUUGGUGCCACUUUCUGGUGCCACAGCAGCCACGUUUCCUUCCAUUCUCUUUACCUUUCCCAGCCUGUUGCCCUCCAGAUGUUUCAAACUUCAGCUCCAGUAGAGUUAGCAUGACUAGUGUCCAGGCAUGCAGCAAGCUGAAAUCCACAACAUCUGACGGGCACCAGGUCAGGGAAGCCCUUCCCAUGGCUCCCAUAUUACCUCUUAAUCAUCUCUUCUGCUAGCUAAAAAGAUACAGCUCAUUCAGGAUUUCCUCAUGGGCCUUCAUCUCCAGGUACCUGCAGGCAAUGGAGUUCUAUUUGGAAGUGGUUCUGUUGCCUGUGAUUGCAUCAAAAUGUAAGCAAUAAAGAGCCUCAUCUAUGGCUGCAGUCCCUCACAGUACCAGACACAGACAAUUCCCUUUAUCUCCCUGCUGCCCCCAUAGGAGGGUCCUCUGUAAAUUUACAGUGAUGAAGAUAUUGACACUUGGGUGCUGUGCAUUUACCCAGCGAGGUGAAGGGGGUGUCUGUGUCUGCAUCCCUUAUUUGGUAUCUAGUCCAAUUAUGUGGCUUGCCGCUGCUUCUGCUAUGAGUAAAUAAAUACAGAUUAUAUGUAAUUACAUAUUUAAGAACUCUUGAGUUGCAGGCCUCUGCAGAAUGGGGUUGGCAGCUGUCUCUUUGUUGGCUUGCGAAGAAAAGGGGAUCGUAAACUGCAUUGCAUCCGGUGCUGGAGAUCUCCAUUGUCCCCGGCCAGGAUGGGGGACAUGUUGGCGAGGGGGUCCCUGUGGCUCUGGAGGGCACCAAGGUGGGGAGUGAUUCCAGCAUUAAGCCUGGUGUCUUGAGGGGCAAGGAAGUUUCCGCCUGCUCUGAGCUUUGCCCAUAAUUUCAGACAGUUUACUGUGAGUCCAACAGGACCUAUGGCUUGGCUAAAUUCCCAGUGGCCCCUAAUUUGGGUAGGUCCAUUUUGCAUUCUGCUGCUUGUCAAGGCUGAAAUACUGGUUUCAUUUAUAAACCCAGCUACAAGUCCAGGCCUCAACUCGGGCAUGCAAGAGAAGUGCUAGAAUAGCAUAAAGCAAUUCCUGCCUUCCACCAAUCUUGAGAGAAUGUCAGUAAAUAAAUGGAGUAAAGAUUUGUGUAAUUAGACUUUUUAUAAAACAGGUUGCAAAGUCCCCUAUCAAAGGCUCCUGAAAAAGGUUAAAUAGUCACGGCAUAUGCAGAGGCAUCCUUUUGUGGAUUAGCAAGUGGCUGCAUGAUAGGAAAUAGAAGGUAGGCAUAAAUGGUCAAUUUGCACAGUGGAGAGAGAUAAACCGCAGGGAGCCUCAAGGAUCUAUAAUGGGACCUGUGCUUUUUAACAUAUUCAUUAAUGACUUGGAAAAGGGAUUGAAGGGGAAGCAGCAAAAUUUGCAAUGAUAAAUUAUUCAAGGUAGUUAAAUCUAAAGCAGAUUGUAAGGAGUUCCACGGGGAUCUUAUAACAGUGGGAGAGGGGGUAAUGAAAUGCAGUGUUGAUAAGUGCAACAAAGUACAUUUGGGGAAAAAAUAACCUCAGCUUUACAUACUCUCUGCAGAGUUUGGAAAUGGCCACUUCCAUUAAAGAGGACAGGCUGCCUGGCCCCAUGCACCCAGGAGCCAUGCUGCAAAAGAGCCAGCCAAGCCUGAGCUAGUCCCACACUCUGGGGGCCAGCAAGCUGCCCAGGGAAAGCCUGCCAGCAAGACACCAGUGCAUCAGCACCCGGCUGCUCCUGGUAUGCAGAGGCCUGCUGCCUCUGAGAAUGGAGGUAAUCUAUGGCCAGUAUAACUAGUUGCCAUUGAUAGCCUCCUCUUCAUUUAAUGCUUCUAAUCCCUUUUUUUCAAGUCAUCCAAGUUGGUAGCAAAUCCAGCUUGCUUCAGCUUACUGGUGGUUCUGUCCAUGACUGGUUCCAGAGGGCAUCAAGGUGGGGUAGUGACUUCGGAAUCCCCGAGAACCAGCCUCCGAGGAGGCUGGGCAGAACCUUCAAACGAAUGCAGUGUCUGGCCUUUGCUUUCCAUGGGAGCCCAGUCCAGAGGAGAGGGCAGGUGCCUCAGUUGUCUGGGCUUUGAGUUGCACUGAAAGCGGCUUGUCAGAUGAUCCUCAGAAACUUGGAGUCAGUGCUAAUUAUCUUAUUUUUUAAAAAGAACAAAAGAAAAUAUUGGCAAAUAUACAGAAAAGAAUGAUCAAAACCACAAAGAUACAGAAAAGUCAAAAUUAGAAAAGUCAAGCUGCGUGUGUGAAAAUGCCACUUCAUUGGGUGCCUGAAAUGGACUUCCUCAGUUUGAUUAUGGGUGGCCGUUAGCAGUUGCCCUUCUAUCUAGUUCUGGACCAAGGGAGGAUCUGAGAGACAAGGAGUGCAGAGCCUCCUUCAGUCUGAGAACCAAAUUCUCUUCCAGGGAUGUACUUGAGGCACUUAUUGCUGUGCUGGGCAGAGCCAGAAGCAAAAGGAGCAGGCCUACCCCAAACACCAGCCUAGAUUAGCUUAAGGUUCUUGCUGCUGGUAAGUUAAGCCUUAGGAGAAGUCUUUCACCUUUAUAGAGUAGGAAAAAUGGCAAAAGCUGCUAAACCACCAAACAAGAGGGGCUGGGGCUGAGGGAAAGAGCAUGUCCUUUUGAGGAACUCCAGGGGAUUGGACUGGGGCCCCUGCUGGGCUUGAGGUUCUGCAUCCUGUCAUAGACUUCGGGCCAUUUAUCCCAGAGGAAGGAGGUCUGGCUCCAUCUAGGUAGAGUCUGGCCGAGUCUUCUUCCGACACGAUGCUCUCCAGCAGUAACGUGGACAAAGGGCCUGGCACCCAGGUGGGGCUGAUGUUAUGGAUAUGCAAAAUGCAAUCCACUCCAAGUAUUCAAGAUACUUUGUUUUUUGGUACAAGAGAAAGAAAAAAGCGAUAUAAAGGAAUGAACAGCCCUUGAUGUCCUGUUCUAAGCAGAAUGCCCGCCUGUCGUCAUUUACCUGCAUGGAGGGGGACUCCUUCCAGAUGCUUGGACGGGCUGUGCCCAAGGCAAGUAGCCUCACCAUUUGCUCUUUCCAGAAGGUUAUCAUGCUGGCCUGUUGCAGCGAACAGUGAAGAAUCUUGUGGCAUCUUAUGCCAGAAUAAAGUUGUUAGUCUUUAAA